UAAUAUAUAAUAUUAUAAUAUAUAAAUGAAAUAAGUAUUGAUCUCUGGGCUAUAAGUCAAAUAUAUUUACAUUUGAAUAUUUCCUGCUUCACAACACAGUGCCAGAGUUCUCCGUUCUAAUCAUAGAGAGUCCCAUAGAGCCGCUGGUCUUUUUUUUUUACUGAAACUUGAUAAGCAGGGUUUCCAGUUGCCGGCGUUAUAGGAGCGACCCUUGCAACCGCACGCUCCCCGAAGGCAGACAUCGAAAUGGCGAGAAUGCGCCAAUUAGCAAAAAGUUGACUUACGCGACGUUACAUGACUACAUCGCGUCGUGUCGGCGCAGAUGUAUCGCAGUUGGGGAAGUCCCUCUUUCUAUUCCUCUAUUACAGCACUUCAGUUUGUUGACUAGUCGUGAGCAAGUGCGGAUGCGAGGGAUGCCCCUAUGACGCCGGCAAAUGGAAACACCGAUGAUUAGUCUUACAUUUUGUUUGCACAAGUGUUAAUUAUAAUAUCAUCAAUAAUAUCAUUAUAAUAUCAAUAAGUGUUAAUCAUAAUAUCAACGCAAGUAUGACAAUCCAUCGAAGACUUCAUCUAACUCUUCACGCACCCCGAAAACGGCUAACGCGAGAAUUGAUAUAUUUCGUUCCCAAGAACGACGAACCGCGUGGGUCGCAAUUGCCAUGUACUUAGCUUGAUCUUGAAGGUCAGUAUUGAUAAUUGAGUAGAACACAUAAUCCGUUGGUGCAACAUAAAACCUGCCAUAGGACAAAUUCUCUGAACUCCGAAGAUGCAAAUGAACAAUAACUUUUUCCGGCAUUUCAACGUUACAUCUUCUCAUUAGCUACCAGAUUACUUUCUCUUCGCGACGUUUACGAUGUAAUAGGCGCCGAAUGAAAUCUGAGAAAAACAUUUUAUCUUCCGUUAUCGACCUAAUUGAAAUUAUCUUCGGAAUGUAGAUAUCAUGAACUCGCAAACAGAAUAUAUCGAUGUUUCGGACAACCGGCAAUUUCAGGGUAACAGUAUAGUGUUUGGUACGCUUAGGUUAGGUGAUUUAUGUUCGAAUGCGACUUGGCUGAAAAUAACUAGAUACUUUUGUGGAAAAGCAGUAUAUGUUCAGAAACGAGGAUUGUCAGAAUAUCCACCAACUGUUCUGACAAAUGACUUUUAUGCAACUUUGAUAAGAAAAGACAAGUAUAAGGAAAGUCUACGGGAAUUAUUUAGUAUUGCAAAAAUGGCUGCUAAUGAACCAGGUCUGUCAUCAUAUUCCAGAGAAGAUAAUAACUGGAGGAAAGAUUUAAUAUUACAACUUCAAGAGAGAAAUAGAAGACAAACAUAUUGUUUCGCUGAUCUCAUUAGUUUACACAACAGACUGUUUGAAAGUACAAACACGCUGCGUGGAGAAAACAUUCAAUUAACAAUAGCAAAUGAAACACUGCGCCGCAAUACAUCCGGUGGAACCCCUAUGUCGGGUGCAACUGCAGAUCUUGAAGCCCGUCUUUUGAAACAGGCUGAAGAAUUAGCGACUCUACAUAAAAGAAAAGGAGAACACACGCAGCAAAUAGUAGAUCUAAAUAAUAAACUGCAAGAAAUUACAAAGGAACUUCAAAUGAAGGAAGCUGGCCUUGCUGAAACUAUAGAGAUCAACAAAAAUUUACAUGCAGAAAUAUUGAAAUGUCAUACUAAAGAAAAAGAGCUAGAAAUUAUUAAUCAAAUGCUGAAAGAUGAACAUCAGGCCUUGCAACUUGCUUUUGCAUCUUUAGAAGAGAAACUUAGGAAAGCGCAGGAAGAAAAUCGUCUAUUAAUAGAACGCUUAAUUAAGUACAAAACUCGAGACGCGGAAAAAGUGAAUGAAGAAAAUGAUAACUUCCUAAAUGAGAGUUUUUCCAGUCCAACAGCCUUUUUGAUGCAUACCUUGUCAAAGUUCGGAAAGAGGCAGGCGAAGGUGCAGAAGGAGUUGGAGGACGCAGCCCGCGACACUCGACCUGUUAGCCCUGAUCGAUCGAGUUUAAAAGAAGGAAUCGCUGGUCUUCCUACCGCUGUACCAACAAAAGUGUCCGCUACGUUUAACGCACACGACGGGGAAGUUUACGCCGUAAAGUGGUCUCCCGUCGACAGGAUCCUCGCCACCGGUGGAGCCGACAGGAAGGUGAAGCUCUGGACCAUCUCAAAAGGUACGUCGGAGAGCAAAGGCAUCCUGGUCGGCAGCAACGCCGGAGUGAUGUCUGUCGAUUUCGAUUCAACGGGGACGCUGAUCCUUGGGGCAUCGAACGAUUACGCCAGCCGGGUGUGGACUGUCAGUGAUCUACGUGUAAAGGUAUGUGUCGCGGGCGGCGCUUUGUCGCGAGGAUCCGGAGAACCCGAAGCCAAGCCAGGGCAGGUAGAGGAGCGAGCGCUGCUAGCGGUUAGGUCUGUUCGUCGGCCAAGCCUGUUUUCCGGGUGACGCGAGCUGGUUGGCCGCGUAACCGUAAUACAAGGGCGUAGGUUCGCGGUGGUACAGCAUCGUCUAAACCUGAGAGACACUCUUUCCACCGUGGUCUCCUCGCUAGCCGUGAGCGAUUUCCAUGCUCGUUCGAAACUGUGACAGAUGUCGGGACGAGGUUCGAUGUUCGCUCGCGCCACGGUUUUAGGGGAUAGGGAAGCUCUUAUACGAGCGACGACGGCAGCCCUGAGUAGAUGUGGCGCCGUCAACGUGUCCCAUCAACGCGAACCUAUAAACCCUGCCUGCUCGGAAAUAAUAUUGGGAAUCCUGUUCUCUCUCGCUAC